UUGCCUUGAUUAGUUCAGCCACUUGUCUCUAUAUAAUGGAAUUAAUGCGCAAACCUGUACAGGAGGAACCUGAGGAACUCUCUGAUAAGGACUUUGAAAGUCCUGUGGUCUGGAGGAGAGGUCAUACAGUGUCACCUUCCACAAGUGAAAGUGAGCUCAUCAGUCACGGGUGUGAAAGUGACAGACUGCAACAAAGUCCAUCGCGUCAAAGAAGAAUGCGGAGAACAGUGCCUUCAUCACCGAGGGAAAGUGAGGCCAGAUGUCAGGAGACAGAGAGCAGCACUAAAGAGAGUGAAAGUCAGGGCCAGGCAGGGGACCUGAGACAAGUGUUUCCUUAUAAUGUGGCAGAAUUUGUCCCUGUUUAUCUGGAGGAAGAUGAGGCUCUCGAAGAGACAAUUCAGCGUAGUCUACUAGAAGAGUGUGAUAGACCUGCUGUUAAUACUUUAAAGUCAUCUGAAAUGUUGAGCAAAGAAGAAAUUGCAGGCCUUCUACAAGCUCACAGUGAGAGAGUUAUUACAUUGGGAACAAGACAGAUCUAUAUCAGUCGAGCCAGUGUUUGGACCACAGCCUUACGUGUGUUAAAGAGACCUGGUUUUGCAAAAAGCUGUGACAGGCUCUAUGUCACAUUUGCAAGCGAUGAGCAUGAUGCUGGGGAAAAUGCUGCUGACCUUUGGGGUCCUAGACGAGAGUUUUUCCGCUUACUGGUGAAGGCUAUCUUCCAGGACAGUGGCUCUUUUGAAGGCACACCCAAUGGAUGCACACCAAGACUGAACAUGCUCCACUUGCAAAAUGGAGUGAAUCGAACCAUUGGCAGGAUGAUGUCUACAAUAACAGUGCAAGGGGGUGAACCACCUGCAUUCCUGUCCCCGAGUGUAGUGGACUACAUUGUGUCUGGGGACAUCCUUCAAGCUCACGUGACACCUGAUGAUAUAGGUGACCCUGAUUUAAGGGAGAAUCUCAAUAAGGUUCAACAUGCAACCUUGCAGAAUGAUUUAGAGAAAGCAGUCAGUUGCUGUAACUCAUUGUGAUAUCAAGUUGAGGGUCUUCCACUUGUAGUCACCAUGGCCAACAGAGAUGUGUUUGUGAAACAUGCAGUUCUAUAUCAUACUGUUGUGCAAAGGCAGAGCUGUCUUGAUCAACUAAUAGAUGGUGUGUCCCAUUAUGGAGUUUUGUCACCCAGCUUGCGUGUGCUGCUUGACAUACCAGGAGAGGACAAAGGUCAAGAAGCUGAUUUUGUAGCUGGUAUUCUCAAACCAAGCUACUCUGUACUGGGGAGCAACAGAAGAGCUAAAGAGGAGUUGAUGGUGGUCAAAUUUAGGAAGUUUGUACAAUGUGUUUAAAGUAAGUAUG